CGAAACAUGUCGGUCUUCCCGUGACUGUACGUUGUAUUUUCCAUAUUUCCAGCAUGACAGUGAGCGUAACAACGCUCUGAUUGUGUAAUUGUGUAGAAGGCUCCACACAGCGCAUUACGGUGAGAUGGAAACUCUGAUUCCCAUCAUUAACAGGCUGCAGGAGGUUUUCCUCACACUUGGAGCCGAGAUCAUCCAGCUUCCUCAGAUCGUAGUCGUGGGGUCACAGAGCAGUGGAAAGAGUUCAGUACUGGAGAGUUUGGUUGGACGAGACUUUCUGCCCCGAGGUUCAGGAAUAGUGACUCGGCGCCCUCUAGUGCUACAGCUGGUGAACGUGCCUCCGCUGGAGGAGAGGCGGAAACAAGACAAUGGAAAAGGAGCUAAACAAAACACCCAAAACAAUUAUCCAGGUAUCAAAGCAGAGGAAUGGGGCACCUUCCUUCACUGCAAAAACCAGAUUUUCACAGAUUUCAGUGAAAUCCAGAAAGAGAUCGAGGAGGAAACAGAUCGCAGUACCAAUAAUAAGGGCAUCAGUCCUGAGCACAUUUACCUGAAGAUCUAUUCCCCUAACGUACUCAGUCUGACAUUAGUUGACUUGCCUGGCAUCACUAAGGUCCCGGUUGGUGACCAGCCUGAAGAUAUCGAGACUCAAGUCCAAGAGAUGAUUCUGUCGUACAUCUCCAACCCCAACUCCCUCAUCCUGUGUGUUUCUCCUGCAAACUCUGACCUCGCCACAUCGGAUGCCCUUAAACUGGCACGAGAGGUGGACCCAGAUGGUCGCAGGACGCUGCUGGUGGUGAGUAAGCUGGAUUUGAUGGACGCGGGGACAGAUGCUCUGGAGGUGCUGCUGGGCCGGGUCAUUCCCGUGAGACUGGGCAUUAUUGGUGUGGUUAACAGGAGCCAACAUGACUUGAACACCCAAAAGAGUCUCGACGACUCCUGCAAAGACGAGCAGGUGUUCCUGCAGCGUCAUUACCCAUCAUUAGCCUCUCGCUGUGGCUCCCGCUACCUGGCUCGCACCCUGAGCCGACUGCUCAUGCAUCACAUCAGAGACUGUCUCCCGGAGCUCAAGACGAGAGUCACAGUGCUCACGGCCCAGUACCAGUCCCGACUCAACAGCUACGGCCAGCCAGUGGAAGACCACAGCGCCACCUUGCUGCAGAUCGUUACCAAGUUUGCCACUGACUACUGCAACACCAUCGAAGGCACUGCCAGGCACAUCCAGACCUCUGAAUUGUGUGGAGGAGCUCGUAUCUGUUACAUAUUCCACGAGACGUUUGGAAGAACUCUGCAGUCUAUUGACCCACUUGGAGGACUCACCGAGCUAGACGUUCUCACAGCUAUUCGAAACGCUACGGGUCCUCGGCCGGCGCUGUUUGUUCCUGAGGUCAGUUUUGAGCUGCUGGUGAAGAAACAGAUCAAGAGACUGGAGGAGCCCAGUCUGCGCUGUGUGGAGCUCGUACACGAGGAACUUCAGAGAAUCAUCCAGCACUGCUCUGCCUACAGCACACAGGAGCUUUUGCGGUUUCCCAAACUGCAUGACUCAAUAGUGGAGGUGGUUACCAGCUUACUCAGGAAACGCCUGCCCAUUACCAAUGAGAUGGUUCAUAAUCUAGUUGCAAUUGAGUUGGCCUAUAUAAACACCAAACAUCCUGAUUUCACAGACGCUGCCCAAGUGUCUGCAUCUGUCAACAGCCAGAAGGCGGAGGCUGGGGAUGGAGGUAAGCGAUGGAAGAAUGAGAAGAUGCCGUCGGAGGAGAAAGGCCCCGUGCCAGGGUUUGGGAGUCCCAAUAAAGCCGUCAACCUGCUGGACACGGCCGUGCCAGUGUCCCGCAAGCUGAGCACUCGAGAGCAGAGGGACUGUGAGGUCAUCCAGCGGCUCAUCAAGUGCUACUUCCUGAUCGUGCGCAAGAGCAUCCAGGACAGUGUGCCAAAGACGGUGAUGCACUUCCUGGUGAAUUUUGUGAAAGAGCAUUUGCAGAGUGAGCUGGUCGGUCAGCUCUACAAACAGCGUCUGCUGCAGGAGCUGCUCAUCGAGUCUCAGGAAACGGCUCAGCAGCGCACGGAGGUUGCACAGAUGCUGGAGGCGCUCAAGAAAGCCAGUAACAUUAUCUCAGAGAUCCGGGAGACUCAUCUUUGGUAGCCAAACGUUCUCAUGAACAUUCUGUCCAGGAAAGUGUUUACAUGUUUGUGCGUGCUGUAUGUGUGAGUGUGUGACAUAAGUCAAAUACACCAUCUGAAGAAAUUCAAUGCCUCUGUCAGCAUGAACAUUCAACAAAAUGUGUACAGUUUUCCAAAUGCUCCUUAUUUCUACCGUAUAUGCACUGAAUCCAUGUUUGACAGAGGUCAAAAGUGUGUGCGUGUGCGUGCGCGCGUGCGUGCAUGCGUGUGUGUGUGUGUGUGUACUCAGUAGCUCAGAUAUAGUGAACAUAUCAAGUCUGUGUCGUGAUCUUCAACCAUAUCAAUCAUAAACGUUUCGAAAUGGUUUUUCGCCAUUAUGACGAAUACUCUUUAAUUCAACAUUAUAAGAAUUAAGUAGUGUCUCAAAUGCUACUGAGAGCAUCCCAAGAACACUCGAGCUCUCAUACGCUCACGUGGUUGAUAACAUGAAUCACACAACAAUGAACAAUUUAAUUUUUUCAUCAUUUACUCAAUGCCAUUCCAAACCAUGUGAUAUUAUAGAAAAUGUUCACACUGAUUUUUUUCCAUUCAGUGAAAACAUUAAAGGCUUUCAAGCUGUGAAAUGGACUAAAAAGCAUCAUAAAUGUACCAUAAAUCAUCAUAAAAGUAGUCAAUGCGACUCAUUCAUUACUGUAGUUUUAUGUCAGGAACAGACUGAAAGUGGAAUGACAUGACGAUGAGUAAUUGGCAGAUUUAAGUGAACUGUUCCAUUAAUGUGCUGUAAAUAUCAUAUAAUAAAUGUGGUGUCCAGGUUUACAGUAAAUAUAAGAAACAAAGACCCGCCCCUUCAUUAGAUUCGAUCAGAUUUGUGCAUGUUGGCACAGUUGUAUGCUACAUAUAAGCUUAAGUUAUCACAGCCAAUAUGGGCUAAAAACAAAAGCAGUGAUAAUAUAUUGAUAAUGUGAAUGAGAUUAUGAUGAUACAUUUAGAAGAAUUAAUGAUGUAACGCGUGACUGAUGUCUAGACAUGGUGCAAAUAAAUGGUAGUGCAGUGUGAAGAGCCACAGAACAAAGAGCCAUUGUGUUUGGUUGUGCUCUGAAACACUUCAAACCACGCUUGUAUGUAUCGGAGACUUGACUGGCAUGUAAUAUUUAUGCUUGUCUGAAUAUUUAUUGUGAGAGUGAGUAUGCCUGUGUCAAAGAAGGUCAAAUGGGACAGAACAAAGAUAUGAAAACAAUGGCUGUUUGAAACAUUGAACACCAAGAAUGAAUGGUGUUUAGUGUCAGAUACCAACCGUGCAAAAUUAACAGCCAGCACAAAUGUGGCCAUUGGGGCUGUAGAGAAUUCGGUAGUUGUUGUAUUGCCUGCUAAAACCAAUAUUAAUGUGUGUGGGUGUUUAUGUUGGGGACAAUGUUGCAUAUUUUUAAAUUGAUUUCUUGUGAUGGGACACAUUAUGCUUCUCUAGCAACCAAUUAAUCAUAAAAAAUAGAGGUGCCAGGAAGACCAAGAGAAGGGGAAUUAUUAACAAACAUUUAUAUACAUUGUCAAAAAGUAAUAAGCAUGUAUUUCUUGUUGACCUUAAACUUUAUACCGUUAAAUUGUG